CCUAAAGAGAGUCUUUAACAUAAAUAUUAUUUGUCGCCAAAUAGCUGAUAACUUUCACCAUUCACUUGUUUUUUGAAUUAUUUCUUCUGCUAGUAGGUCAGUAGUCGGCUGAAUUUAAAAUAGUUUUCUUAGGUUAAAAGAAACAAAUGGAUUGCAUUUUAUUUUUGAAGUAUAAAACAAUAUUGUGAUGGACUUCAAUAUAGCUUUACAAAAAGUAGGAGAUUUCGGUCUCUAUCAGAAACUGUUAUGUGCAUUUUUAGUUGUUCCAUCUGCCAGUUUGUGUGCUUUAGUUUACUUUACACAAUUUUUUACUAUCUUGGUACCUGAUCAUAGAUGUAAACUCGAUGGGAAUGAUUCUUCCUUCUCUUCAAAUUUCACACUUCCUUUUGAAGAAAGGGAAGGGCGAAUUUUACCAAAAAUGUGUGAAAUGAUUUUGACAUCUAACUUUUCUGAGGUUUCUAUCGAUGAUAAUCUAGUUAUAGAAAUAAAUAAAACUGUUCAUUGUUUAAAUGGCUGGGUUUAUGACUUUAGUGAAUUAUACCCUACUAUUGCAACUGAUCAAAACUGGGUGUGUGAUAAAAACAAACUUCCAUAUCAAUCACAAACUAUAUUUUAUGUGGGAACAAGUAUAGGAUGCAUUGUAUUUGGCCUUAUAGCUGACAGGUAAUAUAAAAUUAAAUAUGUA